AUGAUGCCGGAGUCUGAAGACCCGAAUAUUAUUUUACAGGCUGUUUCUUACGGGAACGCCGAAUUAUUGAGGCAAAUUUUAGAUGGCGGUAACGGCGACUUCUACCGGCCAAAUUUGGCUCUUCACUCAUCCACUUCGCCCAUUCUGAAUCCGCUGCACGUCGCCGCUGUGAAGGGCGACACACGGUGCCUGACGAUCUUGCUCAAUGCUGGAGCCCAGGUGAACGCCGUUUCUUCGACAGCCUCCGGAAGCAAGGUGAGUUAUCUCACCCUUAGGCACAGUUACCUCUGGCUAAUCUACGCGCAUCGCUGCUUUUAUUUUGUUUUGACAUUGCAGACCGCCCUGCACCUAGCCGCAGAGUUGGGCAACUUGACCGCGUGCCAGAUUCUGGUGUCACACGGAGCCGACCUGUUUCACCGAGACGCUGACGGCAAUACACCGUUGCAGAGUGCUCAGAUAUUCAACCAUCAGAGGGUGUCUUGCUACUUGAUGGAAGAAAUAGAAAAACGACAAUUGAAGAUCACUGAUCUAAAAUCACGUACGACGACGUUCGAUGUAGAUGUUCAGAUUGAUUAUUUCAUCUUAGGACUUUACGAGGCGUGCAAAGAGAACCGAGUGCUGGAAGCGGAAAAAAUUCUGAAUGAAGCCGGUGACGAGUUUUUGCCCGAUAUCGUCAAUGGCUUCGAUGCCGACAAAUCAACUCUGCUGUCAAAGUAA